AUGUUAACUCAAACUAACGGUACCUCGACACAAGGGGGAUACACUGUCCCGUUCUUCAUCGACGGUGAAAAGGUAAUCCCUGAUAAAACUUUCGACGUAGUCUCUCCCGCCACCGGAAUUGCUGUCCACAAAUGUGGCAGCGCGACUGAGAAAGAUGCACUCGCGGCAGUUGACUCUGCUGCCAAGGCAUUCAAGAGCUGGAAGAAGACAACGUUGAUUCAGCGUCGAGACAUCUUCCUAAAGGCUGCUGCCAUAAUGGAGAGCCGAAAGGAAGAGCUGGCUCGCAUCAUGUCUGAAGAGACCGGCGCUGCUGCUGGAUGGUCCGAAUUUAUCUUGGGGCUAGGCAUUGGUUGCAUCAAGGACGUUGGCGGGCGCCUCGUCACAGUGGAGGGCUCCGUGCCAGCAACGAACGAUCCUAACAUCAGCGCACUCGUUCUGAAGGAGCCUUACGGGGUCGUUCUUGCGAUUGCGCCCUGGAAUGCCCCCUUCAUCCUCGGAGCACGAUCAAUAGCAUUCCCUAUCGCAGCUGGCAACACCGCCAUUCUCAAGGCCUCGGAGUUUUCACCAAGGACACUUGUCGAGAUGGUGUCUUGCUUUCAUGAGGCUGGCCUGCCCAAGGGAGUCCUGAACGUGAUUGUUCACGAGCCUGUCAACGCCGCGGCCAUCACGACAUCUCUGAUCGCCCACCCUGAAGUCAAGAAGAUCAACUUCACCGGUAGCACCGUCGUCGGGCGCAUCAUCGCCAAGCAGGCAGGAGAGUACUUGAAGCCCGUCUUGCUGGAAUUGGGAGGCAAGGCCCCAGCCAUCGUGUGGGAGGACGCCGAUCUCGACCUGGCUGCGGAUCAAUGCGCAAUCGGCUCUUUUCUCCACGGAGGUCAAAUUUGCAUGAGCACGGAGCGAAUCAUUGUUCACAAGAAGGUCAGCGAGCAGUUCCAGGCCAAGCUGUCUGCCUCAAUCGAGAAGAUCUUCCCGACAACAUCCGAUGCGCCGGUUCUCAUCAACACAGUCGCCGUUGAGAAGAACAAGAAACUCAUCAAGGAUGCUGUCGGCAAGGGCGCCUCCGUUAUCGCUGGCAACGUCGAUGCCAAGGAGACGUCCAAGACGAGGUUGCGGCCAAUCGUCAUCAAGAACGUGAGCACUGACAUGGACAUCUAUAAGACCGAGUCUUUCGGGCCAUCCGUGUCGUUCUUUGAGGUCGAGACCGAAGAGGAGGCUCUGGCGAUCGCCAACGAUACAGAGUACGGCCUGACAUCUGCUGUAUUUACGGAGGAUCUGCGCACCGGUCUGCGGUUUGCCAAGGAGAUUGAAUCAGGCGCCGUCCACAUCAACAACAUGACUGUUCACGAUGAGAGCGGCCUGCCUCAUGGUGGUGUCAAGUCCAGCGGCUUUGGCAGGUUUAACUCGACUGGUUUGGAGGAGUGGGUGAGAACCAAGACGAUUACGUUCCGGAACUGA